GUUUGAAUGGGCUGUAAGGGUUAUUGAUAGAGCUAGAACGGGUUUGGCUCAAAUGUUAGCUUAGAAAAUGAUCAUGCUGAAGUGGUUAAGAGCUAUUACUUCUGAAAAAGAAGCUGUUGAAAAGGAUCAUCUUCAGCAAAUUAAUGAUUUAAAGCCGAGGCUUUCUGUUAGAGAUUCCAAGUAUCGCAUAUUGCAGGAAAAGCUUGUGAUUGACGUCUCUAAUACUAAGAAGAAUGCACUUCGUCUUCCAAAUGAGCAUGUUAAGAAGAAUGUUGAUGAGAUUUGUACUGAGUACAAGCUUCCUUUAAUAGAUUUCGAUUUCCCUGAUGUUCCUCCCAAUGAUGAAGAAAUAAAAAUCUCUGACAGCGAAGAGGAGUAUGAAGAAACUGACGGAGAUGAGAAUAACUCAGACAUUGAAGAGCAAUAGGAGUAAUGAGGAUGCUCUUAG